AUGGGUUGUUUGGGGCUUCGGGCUACAUGGGUUUCAGUGCGCCCGGGGAUGCACAGGAUGGCUUCAAGGAGCGUAGGCCGGACAGGAAUGGGAUGCUGCUGCAUCUUGCUGCUAGCAGCCUGUGUCUUCGGGCCAUGCUACUUAGGGAGCCAAGGGACUCGCGGGAUUUCCAUACGAUGCCGAAGUCAUUCUAAACCCGAAGAUGUACCUCCGGCGAAGCGUGAGCGGAUGCUGCAGAGGCCCAGAGACACCUUCAGGCGGCACAACGGUCAUAAGAAGCGAAAAAACAAGGAUUUGUACUUUGGGAACUGGCCACUGGUCCCGUCUGCCAGUCGAAAACUUGAGCGGGAUCCUAAGCUUGGGCACUGGCGUGCAAGACUGAAAAAGGAGAGAUCCCCCAAAGACUUGCUCAAGUCUUUCCGCUAUGCGCUCCGACGAGGUGAGGUGGAUGCCAGCGUGGUGAGCUGUGCCAUGCAGAAUUGCGGCUACCACCGCUGGUGGGAGACAUUACUCAAAAUUCACGAGGCUCAAGAGCAGCGCAACAUUACUCGCUCGGCGCUGCAGUCCAGAAUCUUUUUAAUAGCUAUGGCCUCUUGCCUCAAAGACCAUACACUUGCAGAUGCUAUCCUUGCAGAGAGAAGGGAACAAGGCUUGCAACUUGGAAAAUCUGUCUGGGAAGCGAUGCCAACACCGACAACCGAGUUCGAUUUCAACCCGGCGAUAAGUGGUGCUUGGAGUCUUUGUAUCGCAGUCGGACCAGAAGCACUUGAGUGGGCGAAGCAAAUUUUUGCGUGGUCCGAAACGGUGCCAAUUACCAAGGACAGCAUUUCCUACGGUAGCUACCUGUCCGCGCUGGAGAGCUGCGGCCAGCAUGGUGAGGUAGAUGCUCUGCUGCGCGACUUGUUUGGUUCAGGUGACACUUCAGCACAUCCAGUUCUUCUUGGCGAUUUGGUCAACUUGGCAGGCACUUCGUACGACUCCAGACGUGCAGACCGAAUAUGGAAGAUGUUGGUGAACAGGUUUGGUGCAAAGCCUAACUGCAUCUGCUACGUGGCGUACGCCAAAGCCAAUCUUUUGUCGGCAAGGCCGGCGGCAGUGGUACGGAUUUUGGAUCGCAUGACUGCGGCCGGCCUCGGCUACGGCAAUGCCCACGCAGCACUGCUAUAUUUGCAAUCAUUGCUUCUAGUGUGUCAUUCUAGCCCGACCACUGCUCGCCGGUCUGCUUUGAACAAGUUCUUGCGAGCUUCAGACAGCCUCGACGUUGCUGGAUGGAGCUAUCGCAUGCGGUCAGAAUGGAAGGAACUGCUAUCUCGGUCAACACAACUCGUAGCAAAGCUUUCUUCAACUCUGACCUUGCAUGACAUUCUCGUCCUUGACAAUGCGAGACGAUUGAGUGUGAUGGCAAACUGGCCUAACUAUGCGGCCGGUUCGAAGUACCUUCCGAGAAGAUCUGCCAAAAGACCAACCUCGCAGAGCAACGAGUGA